AUUCUAGAGGAGUGGAAAUGUAGAAUAGUGUCAAUCCAAUAAUUAUGGGCCUCAUCCAGGCUGUCCCAAAUAUGAAAUAUCAAAUCAAACCAUAUAAAAAGUCCAAAGUUUCUUAUUUACUAAGUCACACACAUAUUCGCGACCCCUUCUUCUCCAUUGCCAAUUGCAUACUUUUAAAGCCAAAUUCUGCCAUUAAUUUAUUCAGCAAAUUGGAAUUCAAACAAUAGUGUGAAAAAUAAACCAAUAAAUAAAAAUAAAAAUAAAAAUAAAAAUAAAUUUGCAGAGUGCAACGACCGACCACUGCUGCUUACCUCCUCUUUUUCCUCAUUCCUCAUUUAUUAGAUCCAUCUUUUCUGCAUUCCCUCCGAUCUGGGUUUGUUUUGAGGAAUUUAUUUGAAAUAAAAACAUAAUAAAAUUGAAAUCAGAUGGCCGCUCCACCCGCCAGAGCACGAGCCGAUUAUGAUUGCCUCAUCAAGCUUCUCUUGAUCGGUGAUAGCGGUGUGGGUAAGAGUUGCCUUCUUUUACGUUUUUCUGAUGGUUCUUUCACCACCAGUUUCAUUACCACUAUUGGGAUUGAUUUUAAGAUAAGAACUAUUGAGCUUGAUGGUAAAAGAAUCAAACUGCAAAUAUGGGAUACUGCUGGACAAGAGCGAUUUCGUACUAUAACAACUGCUUACUAUCGUGGAGCAAUGGGUAUAUUGCUGGUAUAUGAUGUUACUGAUGAGGCAUCUUUCAACAAUAUUAGGAAUUGGAUCAGAAACAUUGAGCAACACGCCUCUGACAACGUCAACAAGAUAUUGGUGGGAAACAAAGCUGAUAUGGAUGAAAGCAAAAGGGCUGUUCCUACCUCCAAGGGUCAAGCACUAGCUGAUGAAUAUGGAAUCAAAUUUUUUGAGACUAGUGCUAAGACGAACAUGAACGUGGAGGAGGUUUUCUUCUCAAUUGCCAGGGACAUAAAGCAAAGACUCGCUGAAUCCGACUCAAAGACUGAGCCUCAGACCAUAAAGAUUACCCAACCGGACCAGAAUGCUGGGGCUGCUCAGGCUGCUUCAAAAUCAGCUUGCUGUGGUUAAGAUAGGGUGCAGUGAUCCCCUAACUCGACCAUUUUGUUAUGACAAUAUUGGUGUUACUUGUAUUUGCUAUUCCUCAAUUUUUUUAGAUGCUAAUAUUAUUUGUUUCUCAUUUUGGUAUGAAGAUGAAAUCUCAAUCUCAGCAA